AUGACCGUCGACGGGACACAUCACCACCAGUGUCAGCCGGCCAACUGUUGGAAGUGUCCGGUUUGCAGUGCCGUUUGCUCGAGUGCGUCGGCUGCUCAGAAACAUUUGGACAACCACAACGGCAUUAGGGCGUUCGUGUGCACCAUCUGCCAGUACAAGGGCAACACGCUCAGAGGUCUCAGAACGCACAUCCGCAUGCACUUCAACAAGCGGAUGAUUCCGGAUCUCAUGGAAGAAGAUUACGUGACGUGUCUGAUCGACGAGAACUCUGCGUCAUCGACGGUCGACGUACGUGCCAAAACGCCAACUACUUCGGAUUCCGCAGACAAGUCGUUUGCGCCGACCAGCGUUCUCGUCAAGACUGCCACCGCCGCGGCCUCGUCGUCUUCGUUGUCGCCGUCGCCGUCGUCGUCCUCGUCGUCCACAGCCGCGGCCGCCGUCGUCAUAGUGGACGACGAGCCAAAAGAAUUGGUGGUCGUCAAGCAGGAACCGGUCAACGGUGUGGCCGCGACGGACGAAUCGGCAACCGGCGGCUACCGUCAGCAACAGCACGAAGUUCCGGCCGCGGCGUCUGACGACCUGCUACACCAACAGCUCCCGCCGCCGACGCCGCAGCUGCAGAUGCAGACCGCCGGCGGCAACAAGCGGACGGGCAUGACCGCCAAAUACUGCAAGGCGUGCGACAUAUCGUUCAACUAUCUGUCCACGUUUAUCGCGCACAAAAAGUACUACUGCCGGAACAGCACCGAGUACAAGUGCAAUACAGAAAACGCCAAGACGGCGACCGUCACUUAAGUGACAUGUAACGCGCUCCUGACCUAUAAAUCGUAUGAUUUAUUGUACUACAAUUUUAUUAUUAUUAUUAUUAUUAUUAUUAUUAUUAUUAUUAUCAUUAUUAUUAUUAUUAUUAUUAUUAUUAUUAUUAUUAUUAUUAUAUUAUUAUUAUUAUUAUUAUUUUAUCAUUUUAUUUGAACGUAUAUGCUUACGACUCGCCGACACGAUUGGGAUCCUAUAAAAUAUUUUAUAAUAUUGUUAUAUUACACAAUAUGAUAAUAAUGUAACAACGAAGUUGAUGAACAACCAGUUGCAAACUGUACCUAUAUAAACAGUUAUCAUGCUGCAAGAGGAUGACUAUUAUUCUUCGUAUACACCCUCACACAUUGCAAUUAUAUUAACUAAUAUUAUUAUUAUKAUUAUUAUUAUUAUUAUUAUUAUUAUCCAUGUUUACUAAAAAAUUUA